AUUUAAUCCCAGAAUCCCUCUCUGUCUCACCAAACGGCCACAUCGUUCCAAGGCUGCGGAGGCCGGGCGCGGCAGCGUCAAGAUGGCGGCCGCGGCAGUGGCGGCAGCGGCGGCGGCCGCCGCGGCUGCAUCUCUUCAGGUGCUGGAGAUGGAGAGCAUGGAGACUGCCGCCGCCGGCUCGGCAGGACUGGCUGCGGAAGUCCGAGGCAGCGGCACGGUGGACUUCGGGCCUGGGCCGGGGAUCUCUGCCAUGGAGGCGAGCGGGGGCGAUCCGGGCCCAGAAGCCGAGGAUUUCGAGUGCAGCUCUCACUGCUCAGAGCUGUCCUGGCGGCAGAACGAGCAGCGGCGCCAGGGCCUCUUCUGCGACAUUACCCUGUGCUUCGGCGGGGCUGGAGGCCGCGAGUUCCGGGCCCACCGCUCGGUACUGGCCGCGGCCACCGAGUACUUCACGCCCCUGCUGUCGGGCCAGUUUUCCGAGUCCCGCUCGGGACGGGUGGAGAUGCGCAAGUGGAGCUCUGAGCCGGGGCCCGAACCCGACACAGUGGAAGCCGUUAUCGAGUAUAUGUACACCGGGCGCAUCCGCGUCAGCACGGGCAGCGUGCACGAGGUGCUGGAGUUGGCCGACAGGUUUCUACUAAUUCGUUUAAAAGAAUUUUGUGGAGAAUUUCUUAAGAAAAAACUUCAUCUCUCAAAUUGUGUGGCAAUUCAUAGCUUAGCCCACAUGUACACCCUGAGCCAACUUGCUCUGAAGGCUGCUGAUAUGAUACGGAGAAAUUUCCACAAAGUGAUUCAGGAUGAAGAAUUUUAUACAUUACCUUUCCAUCUCAUUAGAGACUGGCUUUCAGAUUUGGAAAUUACGGUUGAUUCUGAAGAAGUUCUCUUUGAAACCGUUUUGAAAUGGGUUCAGAGAAAUGCUGAAGAGAGAGAGAGAUACUUCGAAGAACUUUUUAAAUUGCUCAGGUUGUCCCAGAUGAAACCUACCUACCUUACACGACAUGUCAAACCAGAGAGGCUGGUAGCCAAUAAUGAAGUUUGCGUCAAGUUGGUGGCUGAUGCAGUGGAGAGGCAUGCUCUGAGAGCUGAGAAUAUACAAUCUGGCACAUUCCAGCUCCCCACUUCUCAUGUUUCACUACUGCCUCGUUAUGGGCAAAAUAUGGAUGUGAUCAUGGUUAUUGGAGGUGUGUCAGAAGGAGGAGACUAUUUAAGUGAAUGUGUGGGGUAUUUUGUUGAUGAGGACAGAUGGGUAAACCUGCCACAUAUUCAUAAUCACCUCGAUGGACAUGCUGUUGCAGUAACAGAAUCCUACGUGUAUGUUGCAGGAUCAAUGGAGCCAGGGUUUGCUAAAACUGUAGAAAGGUAUAACCCAAAUUUGAAUACAUGGGAACAUGUUUGUAGUCUGAUGACAAGAAAGCAUUCUUUUGGGCUAACAGAAGUCAAAGGGAAGCUCUAUAGCAUUGGAGGACAUGGCAACUUUAGUCCUGGUUUUAAAGAUGUGACUGUUUAUAAUCCUGAGCUUGAUAAAUGGCACAACUUGGAAUCGGCACCAAAGAUUCUUCGAGAUGUCAAAGCACUAGGCAUUGAAGACCGGUUUGUAUACAUUGCCGCCCGCACUCCUGUGGACCGGGACACUGAAGAUGGACUAAAGGCUGUAAUUACUUGCUAUGAUACAGAGACUCGACAGUGGCAAGAUGUGGAAUCUUUGCCACUUAUUGACAAUUACUGCUUUUUCCAAAUGUCUGUGGUCAAUUCAAACUUUUAUCAGACAGCAUCAUGUUGUCCCAAGAGUUAUUGUUUAGAAAACGAAGAGGCAGUAAGAAAAAUUGCCAGCCAGGUAUCUGAUGAGAUCCUUGAAAGCUUGCCUCCAGAAGUCCUAAGCAUCGAAGGAGCAGCCAUUUGCUAUUACAAAGAUGAUGUCUUCAUUAUUGGAGGCUGGAAAAACAGUGAUGAUAUAGAUAAACAGUAUCGGAAAGAAGCCUACCGAUAUUGUGCGGAGAGGAAGAGGUGGAUGCUGCUUCCUCCUAUGCCACAACCUCGUUGUAGAGCCACUGCUUGUCACGUGAGGAUCCCCUACCGAUACUUGCAUGGCACACAGAGAUAUCCUAUGCCUCAAAACCUAAUGUGGCAGAAGGACCGCAUCAGACAAAUGCAAGAGAUACAUCGUCACGCCCUAAACAUGCGGCGAGUGCCAAGCUCUCAGAUUGAAUGCUAGGCUCUCUCAAGUGUGCAGCUCAAAACUGUUAUACCCGUUUCGUGAAGCUGAAGAUAUCCAGGCUGUUACUUGAAAAAGUAUGUCGAUAACUUAUUUUCUACCUGAACUGGUUGUUACCCCAUAUAAAGGAAAUACAGUUAAAACUAGAGUAUGGGAAACUCAGUUCAAUACAUGGUCAUUUUGUUAACUUGCAAUCUUUGUCUUUGGUUUGUUUGUGCUAGCUAAAUAAGAUCUUAUUAAAGACAAAUGGAAAAGUCAGGUGUAGUUGCUUGGCUGUUUUUCUGCCAACGAGUUAUAACUCCUUUGUCUUGGGGACUUAUGUUUUGAACAUGCUUUAAGCACCAAUUUUAUUUGCACAUUUACUUUGAUAUUCUUUCUCAUUUUUCAUGAAAUGAUUGGUUUUGGCAAGAUCGGACUUAUGCACUGAGCCCUCAUCUGCAGGAGGCAUGUGCAAUAGUGAGACUGAAAUUUGGAUGAAAAUGCUCAAUAUUUCAGCAAGAUGGUUUGAGAAUGUUUGCAUUGAUACUUUCUUAUGUUUAUCUAGACAUGCCAUUUUCAUUUCUAGAAGAUGUGACUGAUGAGAAAUUUGUGAUUGGCUCAUGCAUUUUUUGAAUAUUUUUCAUUAGCAGCUGUUUACAGACUUUAAGCCUUUGGUCUGAGGUGAGGAUAGUUGGCAUAAGUAUAGCUCUUUAGCUGAUUGACUAAAUACACAGAAGGUCACAUAUGUGAACUUUGUUUCUCUAAGAAGAAAAGUAUUAGGGUAGACUGAGAAAGGCAUUUAAAACAUUUUUUAAACACCUUUUUCAGGAGUUGCAGGAUAAUUUGAGGAUGUGUUAAUGAGUGUAAAUAAUGCCUAUGACAAUCUACACUCAAUGCCUUCCAUUUUAAUUUUUGCUCUAAUGCAUAUUAUAUAGAAUUUUCAUUAUUCCCUUUUUUUGCCUUUGAGAUGGAAUCUCACUCUGUGGCCCAGGCUGGAGUGCAGUGGCUCGAUCCCAGCUCACUGCAACCUCUGCCUCCUGGGAGGUUCAAGUGAUUCUUUUGCCUCAGCCUCCCAAAUAGGAUUACAGGUGUGCAUCACCACCCCUGGCUAAUUUUUGUAUUUUUAGUAGAGACAGGGUUUCACCAUGUUGGCCAGGUUUUCUCAAUCACCUGACCUCAAGUGAUUCACCUGCCUCGGCCUCCCAAACUGCUGGGAUUGCAUGCCCGGCCUUUUUUUUAAGGCAAAGCCUUGCUCUCCUCACCCAGCCUGGAGUGCAGUGGCAAAAUCUUGGCUCACUGCAAUCUCCGCCUCCCAGGUUCAAGUGAUUCUCCUGCCUCAGCCUCCUGAGUAGCUGGGAUUAUAGGCGCCCACCACCACGCCCGGCUAAUUUUUCUACUUUUAGUAGAGACAGGGUUUUGCCAUGUUGGUCAGGGUGGUCUUGAACUCCUGACCUCAGGUGAUCCCCCCGCCUCAACCUCCCAAAAGUCCUGGGAUUCCAGGCUUGAGCCACCACACCUGGCCCAUUAUUACUUUCUACAAAAACUGUUUUUUUCAAAAUGGGAAAGAAGCCACAAUUUAGAGAAAUGUUGCUAAAGAGAAGCAUUAUUUCUGGCCCUGAUUGUUAUAUUUUAUCUAGUUGCUCUACACUUUUAAACUUUGCUUGAGCCUAGGAUACCAAAUUUGGGUACAUAAUUUUGGCUCCUAAAGAUUGUGGGCUGGGCACAGUGGCUCACGACUAUAAUCCCAGCACUUUGGGGGAAGCUGAGGUGGGCAGAUUUUGAGCUCAGGAGUUCAAGACCAGCCUGGGGAACAUAGUGCUGGGAUUGCGGAUGUGAGCCACCAUGCCUGGCCUCAAAUUGACUCCUAGUGCUCAGUUAAUAUAAAGGAUUCCUAACAGUUUGCAAUGUAGUUUUCUUUUUUUUAUUUUUUAUUUUUUAAGCUGUGAGGUCUCACCUUAUUGGUCAGGCUGGUCCUAAGCUCCUUUCUUCAAGCAAUCCUCCCAUCUUGGCCUCCCAAAGAGCCACCUGCCCGGUGAUUUAUCCUGUUUCUUAAGGAAUGUCUUUACCUUCUUAGACAUUUUGGAAUACCAUUCUAGAAGUCAAAUUCCAAGUUCAGUCAUUUUUUUUUUCCUAGUCCAUUAUAGUUAACCUUGUUAGUGAUCAAAUAUCAAAAGAGAAAAGCACAACCAGAAAUUUUGGCUAUUUGCUGCAAGACUAAUAGUUUUAGCUCUUGGGUCUAUACUAAGAACUUGAAAUUUUUAAAUUAGUAUCCCUGCCUAGGAGAAAAGUUUUUAAUAAAUGUGUGAUGUGUUAAAGUUGAAAAUCAACUUUAAAUCCCUUUAAUUUAGACUGGAGUGGGCGUGGGAAAUUGCAAGUCUAUUUCUACAUAUAAAGAUACAUUAUCCUACCCCACCACUACCCUUUUCUCAAUUUCCAUUUCUUUGUAGUCACUUUAAUAAAAGCCAUUUGAAUUCUGAGAAGCACUAAUUCCUAGUUGUGAGAGGUCUGUGCAAGUAAGAGUGAAUCAUUAAGUGAAGCUCAUUGAAUAAAGUUCUCAUUUCUUUCCAAUAGACUAUGCUAGCAAACUUCCUUUUCUUAUGUUUAAAUAAUUUAAUAUCUCACUACGAUAGUUUUUCACUAGAAGGGUGUGAUGUGUUUUUGUUUUUUGUUCUCAGAGUUGUCUUCUGAGAUAAUCAUUACCAAGUCUUUCGUGGGGUUCUGUUUUUUUCACAUGGUGUGACAAAAAUUGUAAGUCAUAAGAUUUAGGCAAAGUCUGGUUCUAAAACCUUGAUUUAAACUGUUGUUUUUUAACUUAGCAGGCAGCCUAGGCCAUGGCUGAAAAGAAGGGGUAAGUCCUUCAUUGCAUGCUGAUGUGUGCAGGUUUUCUGGAAUUUCUGAUUUUUAUAUUUGAAUUCACAUGUGUGAUUUCACAUCAAUAACUUGUGUUCCUGAAAUAUUCUAACUAACUUGUUAAUAAGGAAAGAAACCAGAUUUGCUUAAAUUGUUCAAGGCUGACAUUCUGAAAUUCUAAACUGGAAAUAACUUGCCAGAGUAUUUGGAAAGAUUCUAAUUACAAAGAUCAGGCCUAAAAUAGCUCCUUGGGAAAGAAAUUUCCUUUUUGAUGAAAACUUAAAAGAUGGUUUUUGGUAAUGUAAGCAGUUAAAAACAUGACUUUAGAAAGACAGCUUAAUGGUGUGUUCAAGCAAACCUUUGUUUUGUUGCUGUUGCUUUUGCUUAUGUUUGUAGAAGAGAGAGGAAGUCAUUAUACCAAAAAAUAACAAGUAUGUAUAACUUUGAGUGAGGCUACUUAUAUCUUAGAAUGGGUAUCCUUGAACUGUAUCUACCCCACCAUGGCUUAAAAAAAUCAGUGGUGUAUAUUGAGAAUGUCAGUCAUGAGCUUAGUGUUUAAGUAACACAUCCCACUUAUAGUUGUUUGCAUGAUUAGUCUUGUGUAUCUUGAUAUUCAACUUUGCUUUUGCUGUGCCAGUUCAAAAAUAACUUUUUUGCUAAAAACUCUUAAAAUUCAUGACAUCAGUUUUGUUUUGAUCACCUGGUUUUAUAUAGUAUUUCUGGGACCAAAAAAUUUAAAUAUACUUUUUUUAAUAUGGAACAGAAAUUUGAAGCUGGAAAGAUAGUGUUUAUGGAAGAUUUGUGUGCUUUUGUUUUUAAACCCAUCAGGCUGCUGGUAAGGCAGUGUCUAGGGCUCAUUUUCCUCGUUACCUCUUGACUAGUGUAGCAUGUGGUAUGUUUAAAAUUCAUUUUCUGUUUGGUAAUUCUAAUAUCAACACUAUACUAUAUAUGUAGACAAAUGAGCUGAAUUGUAUAUUUUAGUUAUUUGGUCUAAUCAAGCAUAACUAAAGGGACUUCUUUUUUGGUACUUUUCUCAAAUUAAGUUUAAAUAUAGUGUACUGGCCACGUUUCAUGUCUUUGAAAGUAUACAUUAUUGUAAAGCAAGUACUCUGUCUAUAUCAGAGGGUGCUUUAACUGUAAAAUACUUGAGAAGCAAUUCAAUCUCACCUGAACUCUGAAACAUUUUGGCACAGUUCAUCACUCCGGUUUGUUACUUUCUUGACAAUAGUCCAUUUUUUGUUUUUGUUAUUGUAAUGUAUGUUCUGGUCAUUGGAAACAGAACAGCUCAUAAUUGAGUGAUGUAAUAUAAUAGCAGUAAUAUAACCUAGUAGUGAUUUUGCUUCAAGGAAUUUAAUUAGUUAGCAAAACCACUGCUGUUUGUGGGGCUUUUUUUGUCUUACUUUGUGACCAUCACUACAAAUGUCUUAUGUUGAAGCACAGACAGACUGUAGAGCACUUGUUAACUUAAUCCUCCUGCAUAUGCACUCGUGGAAAGUAGUGCUUGCUAGUUGUUAGAAGAUUUUAUGAUCCAUCUGCUUGGGCUCGUUAUUUGUAAAAUAAACAUUUAAUUUGAGUUGAUGCAGUGAGUUUUUUGGACUAGUAGUAUCCAGGUCCCUACUCUACUGAAAAUAUAAUCUUCACUAUCUCCUUUUAAGUCAGAGGAGAUGUAGUAUUUAGAACACCUUGAGACAUUACUUUGUAAAAUAGCUCGUUUUAUGUUCUUGAAGCUAUCUUGUUCUCUGUUAAAGCUACUAAUUGUCUCAGUGUAAGUUUUAAAUAAACAUAUUUCUUUAAA